AUGAAUCAGACAAUUUAGCGAUCAUAAAAGUUGAUGGAGAAACUGAAGAUAUGGAGGAAGGGAACUUACUGCCAGAGUGGCUAUACUUGACUAUUUUCUGGUGGAAUUAAAUAGUUGCUCAAAGAAGAUAAAGCUCAGACAAAUUGAAAUACACACGGAAAAAAAUACUGAAAAGGUGAAAUCAACGGAAGUAUACGUUGAGAAAAAAAGAUUGAAAGACUAUGAAGGAAAUGCGAGACUAGUUCUCAUGUGGUGAUAUGGAAAAUGAAAGGAAAAAAAUCAAGAUAGAAAUUUUGUCGUGAUUUUUCUCUCUGAGCAAUAAUUGCCCCAUCUCCCAUCAGGGUCGCUAUUUUGACAAUGCCUUUCUUCACAUUUUGAACUCCAAGUCAUUCGAUCAAAGCGAAAAAACUGGCAGAGAGAUACUAUCAGCAGACUUGAAGGUUUGAGUCCGUUGCACUAGUGCUGUGAGAUACAAACCUUAAGGGACUAUCCCAUACCAAGGACCCAAAACAUUAAUUUAGAUGAUGAUAAUUUAAAGUAGCAUUUUUCAAUGGCAUUAUAAAGUUGCAUUUGCUAACAUGAGAUGAAAAUUCUACACAUGUCUACGUUUCUAAAACAAAUAUCUUCAUUAAUGCAUACUAGACCUUGGCAUGGAGGAAACUUCAAGUGUGGCCUAUUUUGACAUCUAUAGACUUGCAUGUGUAAAGCGUCUUCAAUAAGUGCAACCGAAACAAGAAUUUGUGACAGAUUUUCAAGAAAGUAGCAUCCCUUCUGCAGAAAAUUUAAAAUUCUGGUGAAUAGAGAAACCUGAUCUAUUGUAUGGCAAUUUCCGAAUUGGCUCACCAUCUCCAAUGUCAACAUCAAAAACUGCAACACAAUGGAAAGUUUGACAAAAAAUUAGCAGACAAAAGGGAUUAAAUGAAUACCAUAAAACUGAAACAAAAGCCCCCUACCAUAAUCAUACGCAACACCGUCAUGCAUUGCACGAUUGGUAUUUCCCUCAGGCCCAUCAACAACUUCCCCAAUCUUAAAUAAGGAGAAUAACGACGAGGAUAAGUAUUGUAACCUUUAAAUCAGAGCAGGACAUAAAUGAACGCUAUUGUCUAAUUAAAAAAAGUUCGUACUUUAUCCCACUUGGUUUCUAUGGAGUUCCAUGA